AAUCAGCAGCAGUGCAGCGUGCGUAUACAAGAUCCAAAAUCAUGGCAGCUUUCUCCAACGACCAGUCAACGCUGACCAGAGAGGAGGUCGGACACUCAUCCUUUGAGACAUCCAGUGAGAGAUCUAGUGCAAAAAUUUCAACUACAUCCUUCUAUAAAAGUGAAUAUGGUUCAUUUUUAUCACCAGCAAAGAAUCUGCCAAGAGAACAUAAUGACUCUCAACAGAAAAGCCAACCUAGUAAUUCUGACCAAACGCAACAAUCCACAAGCCAGGAAAUCAAAGCCAGAGAUCAGAGUGUCCAUCCCAGUUAUCCUGACGAGGAAAACAAAACAGAACAGAGCUCAAAUACGGAAGUAAAACUAAAAAAAGUGCUGGGGUUGUGGCACGGUAUUGGCAUGAAUGUGGGGACCAUGAUCGGGGCUGGUAUAUUCGUGUCACCCUACACCGUGGUCCGGUAUACUGGUAGCGUGGGCAUGGCUUUGGUGGUGUGGACAGUCACAGGCCUCAUGUCCAUGAUGGGCGCUCUUUCUUACGCCGAGCUGGGCACCAUGAUCCCUCGAAGCGGCAGUAAAUACGCAUACAUAUUGGAAGCGUUUGGUCCCUGUCCCGCAUUCCUCGCUGUGUGGUCCAGCAGCAUUAUAUCUGAACCAAGCAGCAUUGCUUUGGUCGCCAUCACAUUCGCUAACUAUCUUCUCCUGCCUCUCUUUCCAACGUGUAUGGAACCACCUUACAUUGCCAUCAGACUCAUCGCCGCCGCUGUAAUAAGUGGAAUUGCAUACAUUCAUUGCUCUGGAGUACAGCUCGGAGCCCGAGUUCAGACCUUACUGGCACUGUGCAAGGUGCUGGCACUAACUGUGAUCAUCGUAGCUGGAGUGAACCACUUGGCCUGGGGUAAUACUGAGCAAUUCCUCGACCCCAUGCGAGGAACCAUAUGGGAAGUCUCCUCCAUCAUCACUGCUUUCUACUCCACAAUCUUCUCUUACUCAGGAUGGGACAGCCUCAACUACGUGACAGAGGAACUGGCAGACUCAAAUAAAGACCUGCCCCGUGCUAUCAUAUUCUCUUUGAUGUUAGUGACUAUUGUCUACACCCUCACCAAUGUGGCCUACUACGCUGUUCUCACUCCUGCUGAGAUCGUUUCCUCCAAUGCUGUGGCUGUGACAUUCGGGAGCCGGGUGCUGGGAUCACUAGUGUGGAUCAUUGCCGCUUUCGUUAGCUGCACCACCUGCGGUAACAUCAAUGGCAAUAUCUUCACCCAUUCUCGGUUAGUGUACGCCGGGGCCCGCGAUAGACACCUGCCACACCUGCUGGCAUAUAUACAACUGGACAGAUGUACACCCAUCACUGCAAUCAUCUUCGUGGCGGUGAUUUCACUGAUGAUACUGACAGUAGAAGAUGUUGGGGGCCUCCUGACCUUCGCCUCAUUCACCAGUGUUCUCGUCAAUCUCACAGCUAUUGCUUCUCUAAUAUGGCUACGCUACAAGCAACCUGACAGACCCAGGCCAUUCAAAGUUUGGCUCGGGUUCCCCAUCAUGUACUUGGCACUCAGCAUUGUAGUGGCGGUAAUGCCGGUAGUGAAGCAACCCCUGGAGAUGGCUGUAUCCGUGGGGCUCAUCCUUACCGGACUCCUUAUCUACUACAUUUCCAGCCACAUGAAAACAAUACCACACUUCAAGGAUGCCAUGGAUAAAGUGAACUACAUGUGUCAGAACCUGCUGAGAUGCGCUCCUGAGAAGGCUGACUAACACAAUUUACUCAUCAGGGAAACAUUCUUACAUAAAGUUUAACGACUGAUUAGGUAUAUGUAAUAUUAGGACCCGUGUCAGGAGACACGGGUCCUAAUGUUUAGCAUUCCAAUGACCGUCAUUUAAUGUACAGCUUCACAUAAUUUUGCCUAUUUUUUUCUCUGGUUUCAAUUACUAAAAUGUGUGCUGGUUCAAUUACAUAGUCUUGAGUCACGAAAUCGUAAUGACACGAUUGCAAACAAACCAUACCACGGGUGGGGAUGAAACCCGCGAUCAGUCUGUCAUGUUAACGGCUUUAAGGGGACGGCCACGCUAGCUGGAGAUUCGUCUGUAAAAACUUGCAUUUGUGGUCACUGUGGUGCCUAUGCUAACCUUCCUAUGGUGUAGAAAUAUACCUAGUUGGAUGAAUCUUAUUGUGGCUAGCUGGUCCAGUGGCUAACGCGACGGUCUGGAGUUUUGAGACUCUCUGAUCGCGGGUUUUAUCCCCGCCCGUGGUACGGUUUACAUAGUCUUUUCGCAUGUUCAUUUAAACUGAAUCUCUUCUUUCUACUCAUUAUCCCAAUGCUACUGUAAACCUACUAGAACAUAUAAGAAAUUGUUAUGUUCUUUCUAAAUCAGAAUUAAUUUCUGGAAAGGUUAUUACUUUUCUAAAACUUACACUGGAAAAUUCAUCUCAAACCAAUCUAAUUACCAGAAGCAGGGUUUCUCCUGACAGUAUUACAAGAAUAACCCUUAUUAAUUUAUUUCCAGUUGCUUAAUAAAGUUAGGGAAUCUCAUGAGAAGGACAGUGUUCCUGGACGCUACUCUGAACAUAUUCUUUUCAUUCAAUACCUGUAAAAACAAUAUUUAUAAUUUUUCAGAAUUUGAAGUUGCUAAUAAUCAUUAUUAUAUUGUUUUUAAUCAGAGGAACAGUUACUGUUUUUUUUUAAUUAAUCUACUUAAUAACAUAAAUGUACGACUAUAUAUGCGUCGUUAGUUGCAAACAGUUGACAAACGUAAGUUUUGCCUGGAAGCAAUUCCAUAUUCUGCGAUUAAUAGACGUGACAUAAAUAUUGCCCGAAAAUGUUAAUUAAAAGUGUUAAUUAAAAAUGUUAAGCAUCCACUACACUAAUUUUAUAGUAGAUGCGUCCGAUGUUCCACUAUGGGAGACUGAAAAAAUGAAUUGAGGAGCAAAAAUGUUAUUGAAGAAUUGAGACACUUAUGCAACACAUGGGAAUCUUUAUUGAAGAAACGUUUCGCCACACAGUGGCUUCAUCAGUCCAAUACAAAGUUGAAAUCGGUAAGGAGAGGAGAAGUUGGAGGUAAUCAGUCCCUCAACCUGUUAUUAAUUAAGGCAAGAGCGAGAGUUUUAGUUAAGGUCGCCUUUCUGUUUUAAUGAGACGCCAAACGCAAAGUUACAAGCACUUUGAGGCUACACUGAUGACGUCAGGUGUUGAUUUCAGCUCUUUAACAGAGAUUAAACGCUCAUUCAAUUUUUUAAAUUCAUCAUGAAAAAUCACUAUGUUCAGAGGAAUAGCCAUUAAAAGUGAUGUUAAAAUUAAUACAAUAUUAAUAAGAAAUACAAGACUCCAUUUUGAAGACUUCACAAGCAUCUUAUAUUUAACUUAAUCUCCCAGUAAUGUAUCCCCUUUUUAUUUUUCAUUUCAUCCUAUAUGUAAAACCUUAAUGGUGAUAGACAGGGAUGUAUCUAAGGAAAAUAGCGCCUAUGGCAAGCACUAAAAUUGCUCCUCUCUACAAGCAUCCGAUACCCAUCUUUUAGAUAACUUUACCGUAAAAUGAGCUCAAAAAUACAAGUCAGGCUCGUAAUAUUUUAAUUAACAAAUUAUGGUACUACAUGAAUAUUACAACUGCACCUUCCUUGCUUUCAGCGAUGCAAACUGGUCUAUGAUGUGCUCAAAUUAUUUUUUUCAGUUUCUUCUCAUUCUACACUCAUCAAAGCAAGAUCACAGAGUCUGCCUUGACCCAGGGAGACUCUCAAAUACGAAAGUAUUAAUUUUAACUAGUUGAAUGAUCUCUCACAACUGGCGACGGAAACUGAAUAGCAAUGCAUAGAUUGGGGAAAUCGCUCUCGUCUCCAUACAGAACAAUACAUUUGAGAAGCUAUUCAGGUCUUAAUAUUUUCAUGUUAGCCCGACACGUCAGCAAAAUUCUGCAAUCCAAAAUUUCUUCAUUUAGCUACUAUCUAUCAACAUCAGAGUACAAUUGGCCCAAAUUUUCACAUAUCUUCUAUAGAUUGUUACUGUCAGCGCAAUAACACAGUCCCUCAAGAUGGAGAAGGAAUCCAAACUUGGCAUCAGUGUCGUGCAAAACGAGUGACCCUAUCAUCCAUUUCUCUGUGAAGACGGUCGAGUGCUUCCAUCAUGACUCUUUCCAUUUCCUCCUUGGCUCUUAACCCAGAGUCUCUCAAGUUCUUAUCAGCCAUUCGUUUUUUUCGUCUCAGACGUGUUUCAGCUUCAAUAUGCCAUUGUUUACAGAGCCAAGUCCUUCGAGUGAGUCACUGACCUACGCUUUUCUUUCAUUAUCAAAAUAAUCUCUGAGAGCUUUCAAAUACAGGACAGAAUCGUGUAAGUUCAUGCUAGGAUCCUGCAGCGUUUUUUGAAUACAGUCAAUACGAAUGAGUACCUCGUUCCAAAAUUCUGUCAGUCAGAAAAUUGUAACUGAACAU